CUCUUUCUUAUCUCUGGCCCUACUCUCCCACCCACAUGCUCUUCUCUCUCUCUAAGGGGCAAUUUUUUCAUUGCCUAUUUAUUUGACUCGUUCAACAUUCCCUCGAACUCCACUUGAAAGCAAAGAAAAAAAAAUACACAAGACUUGUUUCUACAGAAGUAGAUACUUGGAAAGCCAAGAUAUAUGGCUAUGGAGUUAGAGCUUGAUGAUGAUGUCUUCUUUGCAGACAUAAGCAAACAGAUCUCUCUUCUCAUCAUGGAUGAAGAUGAACAGUUGAACCCUGUAUCUCUCUCCUCCUCCUCCGCCUCUCUCUCAUUCCAGGGUAUGUUCAGAGGAGGAUACCAAACGGCUCCAUAUGUGUAUCAUCAAGAACAGAGCAAAGGGACUGGUGUGUUCAUCCCCAAAUCUUCUCAGCCCAGAAGAAGACCUCAUCAUCCGAAGCAAGGCAGGUUUACUUCCUUCAACGCCAAGCAACAACACGCUCUUCAUCAAAACAGACAACAGUAUCAAGACAACUCGAGAAGUGCGGUCCCCACUCACUACAACAAGAGCAACAACAACAACAGGAGCAGCAUGAUCACUAGUAAUGCUCAUGCUUCUAUCCCAAGAAGAACCUACAGAGAUGCAGCAUCUAUCUACACUUGAAUCGUUUUACAAGAUUCAUGGUCAUUGUGUGAUUGAUUCAUAUAAUUAUUUAAUAGUAUAUCUUAUAGAUGCAUAAGAUUGAUUUGUUUGUAAAUCAGCGAAGAAUAAGGAAUCUAUGAGGAAGGUCUUGGAGAUGGGUUCCAAGUGUGGUCUUGUUUUAAUGUAACUUUUUCUUGUCAUUUUAGAGAAAUUCACUGACUUCUCCAUUUGUUGUAAUAUUUGAAGGAUUUAAUUAAAAAUCAACUUGCAAAAUCUGUUGCGUGAUUACAACAAGAUUGGUGGAGGAAUGUGUAAAGACAAAC